AGUAUCUGAAACCACGAGAGCGGCUCGAGUGUUGCUGUAGUUCGUCUUUUCAGAGAGCUAAACCUGUGUGUGUAAACUUUCUUAAUUCAUCAAUCAAAACAAAUCCUACUUUCCUAGAUGAGCGAAUUUUUUUAUGGUGUUUGCGAGGAAGACCUGGAUGGCAGUAAAGGAUUCAAAGGUAUACUGGUGCUGCGUGAGAUUUUUCAAGUAAUUUUUGACGAGGGUAGUUAACGCGUGUACAUUACCCAAAGACUUAAAUUUUCUUGGGUUUAUCAAUUGGUUACGGGCAAGAAAUCAAGGAAUUGCAGUAUACUAUUUGAUCGUUUGAAGUUCAAAAGGAAGUCUGGACAACAAAUGAAGGACGAAGGGGUUACAAAUUCACUGAUGGCCACCAACAGUGAGAGCUGCUUCGCGUCUCGCGGAUCCAUUUUUGCCAUUGUCGAUAACAUUCACUGGGCGAUCGCCAGCGCCAAACACAACAAAGCUUAUGUCCUUCGAUUUGUGCCAGUACUUAAGCAGAUUACAAAAGUUUUGAACGGAGCAGAUGUGAAAUUCAUACGCCAAGCCGAAUUCUACAGCGAUCUGAAAGAAACCCUAUACAAGAUUGAAGACCACGUUAAGGAAAGUUCAACUCGUGGAAAAUGGAUGAAUAGGUUGAUGGCCAAGAAGAAUCAAAAGAGUUUCAAUGAAUUUGAGAAGCAUGUGGAUGAUCUCAUAACACGAAUCGUUUUUUCGUUCGCCCAGCGAGUUCAGCAGCAGAACAUGGCUCGGCAAAAGAAGAAACCGUUGCCAGAGAUACCGGAAGAAGAUGAGUUGUGCGAAUGCAAGAUGGACGUGGAACGUGCUUGUCCGUUAGCAACAAAUGAUGAUACUCCAGGGGAGGGAGUAUCUUUGGCAAGUCAAGAAGAUGACGUGACUGGCGAAAGAUAAAUGUUCAGCUUUGUUGUUAUCUUCUAUGACUCAAAUGCUCGAAAUACAUACGUGAACAGUUGAAAACAGCGCCUGUUAAGUGAAAUGAGCUUUCAUUUUGAAGCUACAACUUAUUCAAAGUUGGUUCAAACAAUCGUGGGAACACACAAACAAGCACUUGAUUGUUACUCCUUUGUUAUCCCCAUCUUUACUAGAACUUUUAGACGCAAAGCUAUUGUUUUAAAAAGAUGUACUUUAUUAAUUAACUUUGAGCCUUUUUAAGUUCCAAGGUCUUUCAAAGAAUUGUUUAUUUAGCUCUGUAUAUGGAUUGGGAAAUAUGGAACACGGUUCCUAUCAAAAGCAUAAAAUACAUAUUUGUGAUCAUUAUUUAUCAGUAAUUUAAUGAUAAUUUUGUAUUUGUUCAGACUUCCUUGCCUACAUUGGGUUGCAUUAGAUUUAGGUGAUGGAAAGCCUAAAAAGUUUGUUUCUCUUUUUUAUCACAAGUGAUGAUACAUACAGUAGAACUCUAAUUACUUGCACCCUUAAG